AUCCUCUAUAAUUUUUCUGCCGUUGCGUUGCGUUGCGUUGAAUUGAGUUGAGUAAUACCAUUACCAGGUCGAAGGCCAAUAUCCACUAAGCAGUGCAUAUAGUGAUGAGUUCGUCUUCAACCGACGCUUUUCCAGCAAUUCAGGAAAUUAUGCUGGAGUUCCGUGCUGGUAAAAUGUUUCUCGAGGGGAAAAGGGUUGUUCCUGACUCACGAAAAGGACUUGUUAGAAUUGCUAGGGGUGAGGAGGGAUUAAUCCAUUUUCAGUGGCUUGAUCGCUCACAAAACGUUGUUGAAGAUGAUCAGAUAAUAUUUCCCAAUGAGGCUGUUUUUGAGAAGGUUAAUCAAACAUCUGGAAGGGUUUACAUAUUGAAGUUUAAUAGUGAUGACCGGAAGUUUUUCUUCUGGAUGCAGGAAUCAAAUGCUGACAGCGACUCACAACUGUGUAGCUCAGUGAAUGAUUACAUAAACAGACCAUUAGAGUUACUUGGCGAAGAAGAGCCUGAUGGUUCCCUUCCGCUUCAAGUUUCUGAAGAUACAGCUGAGGAUGACAUCUCAUCUAGAGCUGGAAACUUAGUUGUCCCAAACUUGGGUGUGGAAGCAACUAGUGAUGUAACCUCUUCUGGUCCGGUUAAAUUGGAAGAUCUUCGGAGAAUAUUGAGUAACAUUGGGCCUGCAGAUAGUAUUGUUGAUCCCGAUGGAGGCUUGGGACUUGGUGAUAUAUUAAAGCCUGAUCUAAUAAUGCCAUUGAUGGAGACAUUACCUCUGGAGCAGCGUUUGGCCCCCUACUUACCCGAGGGUAAGUGGUCUCCAGAAGAUAUAUUGGAGUUGUUGCAGAGCCCACCUUUCCGUCAGCAAGUAGAUUCAUUUACUUACGUACUUCGAACAGGACAGAUAGAUUUGUCUCAGUUUGGAAUUGAUCCAAGUAAAUACAAGUUCACAGUUUUGUCUUUUCUUGAGGCUCUUGAGGAUUCUGUUUCCAAUUCGUUAGAGUCUGAGGAGGCCAGGCAAGAUGAUCCGAAUUUAAGAUCCCAAUCAUGUAACCGUCAUGACCCAAUGGAUGAAUCUCAUUAGCAUUGCUCUUUCUAUCUUUCUUUUUUCUGUAGAUGCGAGAUACCUCUGUAUUUUUUGCAAAAUUAUAUUACUGAUUGAAAAAGGAAAGUUGUAAAGGUGGUGAGAUAAAGGUGCUAAUUUACUUGAGAUCUUUUUAAGGCUAUAUAGUGAAUUAAUUAUUAAUAAAAUCCAAGACUACUGUUC